AUGGAAACCCGUCGAAACCCAUCUUCGAAACCCAUCUUCGGUAAAGAGGAGCUCGACGAGGUCAUCGCGCUGGCCAUCCCCGCGCUCGGAUCUCUGCUCGCGGACCCGCUCAUGUCCUUAGUGGACACGGCGGUGGUGGGUCGACACUCGAGCACGUCCCUCGCGGCGCUCGGUCCGUCCACGGCGGUGUUCCAGAUCGUCUUCCAGCUCUUUUCGUUUCUGAGCAUCACGACGACGGGGAUGGUGGCGAGGGCGUGCGCGGGUGGCGAUAACGGCACCGUGCGCAGGGCGCUCGCCAACAGCACCAUCCUGGCGGUCGCCUUUGGGACCGCGACCUGCCUCGGCCUGAACGCCUUCGCCCCGGCGGUGUUAAGCGCGAUGGGCUGUUCCCCGGACCUCGUCGCGACGGCUACGCCCUACCUCCGCGUGAGAGCCUUCGCGAUACCCGCGGUGCUCUUCUGCACGUCCGCGCAGGGCGGGUGCCUCGGGUUACAGGACGCCAGGACGCCGCUCCUGAUAUUCACACUCGCGGCGGUCGUCAACGUCGCCGGGGACUUGUACGCGGUGGGGGGUGCGUGGGGGGGUUUGGGGUUGGGGGUUAAAGGCGCGGCGUGGGCCACGCUGGCGGCGCAGUACGUCAGCGCGGCGGUUUUCUUUCGCGUGCUGACGUCGCGACGGAUGCUGCCACUGACGUGGGGGGACUGGAGGCUCCCGUCGGGGGCGGAGAUGCGGCAGAUAUGCUCCAUCUCGGGCAUGCUCCUGCUCGGGUCGCUCUGCCGCAUGGGCGUGUACACGAUGAUGACGAUGACGGCGUUGAAAAUUGGCGCGCUCACCAUGGCGGCGCACCAGGUGGCGCUGCAGAUCUUCUGGACCCUGACCUACUUCGUGGACCCGCUGUUCGUCGCGGCGACGUCGUUCAUCGCGCGGGAUCACGGCAGGCGCCCCGAACGCGUCCGUCGCAUGGCGUGGCUUUUGUUGCGCUUAUCCGUCGGAGUGGGCGCGUUUAUCGCCGUCGUCUGCUACCUCGUCCCCACGCACGCCGCGGGCGCGUUUACGACGGACGCGACGCUCGCGACGAUGAUAGGGUCCAUCGCGCCGCUCAUGGGCACCGCGCAGCUCGUCAGCGCCGUCGUGUUGGUCGCCGAGGGCGUCCUCAUCGGGUGCGGCGAUUUAAGGUACCUGCUCAACGUGCACUGCGUAAACUUUAUCGCGUUGGGCGCUCUGCUCUGGUGGGUGCGCCACUCGGGGCUGGGUCUGCACGGGAUCUGGAUCGCGGUCCUCGCCAACCAGCUCCUGAGGCUGACGCAGCACGCGGCGCACGUGUGGCGGGGGGGAGGCCCCGACCUCUUGGACAGGGCAACGACGAGAGCGACGGCGGGCGACGGCGGGUGA